GCGCAGGACGCGGCUAGAGCUGGGCCUGCCGCGCCUUCUACCUCCUUCUCCAAAGGCCUCCCCGGACCCCUGGCUCGGGCCCAGCCUGCGACUCCGCCAUGCCCUGGAGGAGGCGCAGGAACCGGGUGAGUGCCCUGGAGGGCGGCCGGGAGGAAGAGGCGCCACCGGAGGCUGCCGCUGUGCCUUCGGCGCUGUUAACGUCCCCGCAGCAGACGGAGGCGGCGGCCGAGCGGAUUCUGCUCCGGGGCAUCUUCGAGAUCGGGAGGGACAGCUGUGACGUGGUGCUGGGCGAGCGAGCACUGCGGUGGCGGCCCAUUCAGCCCGAGCGCCCGGCGGGUGAUUCUAAGUAUGACUUGCUAUCUAAAGAAGAAUUUAUUGAACUCAAAGACAUAUUCUCUGUGAAACUGAAACGGCGUUGUUCUGUUAAACAGCAGAGAAGUGGUACUUUAUUAGGUAUCACACUGUUCAUCUGCUUGAAAAAGGAACAAAAUAAACUAAAGAAUUCUACACUUGAUCUUAUUAAUUUAAGUGAAGACCACUGUGACAUAUGGUUUAGACAGUUCAAGAAAAUAUUGGCAGGCUUUCCAAACAGACCGAAGUCAUUAAAAAUACUCCUUAACCCCCAAAGUCACAAAAAAGAAGCUACCCAGGUUUAUUAUGAGAAGGUUGAACCUCUGUUGAAGCUUGCAGGAAUAAAAACUGAUGUAACAAUAAUGGAAUAUGAAGGGCACGCUCUGUCACUGCUUAAGGAAUGUGAACUCCAGGGAUUUGAUGGUGGGCAUCGGAAACCAUUGUUUGCAAUACAUUGGAGUGUACAGAGAUUGUUCACUGUCAUGCAAACAUUAGAACUAAGUGUUGUCUGUGUUGGUGGAGAUGGAUCUGCUAGCGAAGUCGCCCAUGCUUUGCUUCUGAGAGCUCAGAAGAAUGCUGGGAUGGAAACAGACCGAAUCCUGACUCCUGUCAGAGCACAGCUUCCACUUGGCUUAAUACCAGCAGGAUCUACCAAUGUAUUGGCACAUUCUCUUCAUGGAGUUCCUCAUGUGAUAACUGCAACAUUGCACAUUAUAAUGGGGCAUGUACAGCUGGUCGACGUCUGCACCUUCAGCACUGCUGGCAAGCUUCUUCGCUUUGGGUUCUCAGCCAUGUUUGGCUUUGGUGGAAGAACUUUGGCUCUGGCAGAAAAAUAUCGAUGGAUGUCCCCUAACCAACGGAGAGAUUUUGCUGUUGUUAAGGCGCUGGCAAACCUUAAGGCAGAAGACUGUGAAAUAUCAUUUUUACCAUUUAACAGCUCUGAUGAUGUGCAAGAAAGGAGGGCACAGGGAUCUCCCAAAUCUGACUGUAAUGAUCAAUGGCAAAUGAUCCAGGGUCAGUUCUUGAAUGUCAGCAUUAUGGCAAUUCCUUGCCUAUGUUCAGUGGCACCUAGAGGCUUGGCACCUAAUACCAGAUUAAAUAAUGGAAGUAUGGCUCUUAUAAUUGCCCGAAACACUUCUCGGCCAGAGUUUAUAAAACACCUGAAAAGAUAUGCCAGUGUAAAAAAUCAGUUCAGUUUUCCAUUUGUUGAGACUUACACUGUUGAGGAAGUAAAAGUUCAUCCAAGGAAUAAUACUGGUGGCUAUAAUCCAGAGGAGGAGGUGGAGGAUGAAACUGCUUCAGAAAAUUGUUUCCCUUGGAAUGUAGAUGGUGAUUUAAUGGAAGUUGCGUCAGAGGUCCAUAUUAGAUUGCAUCCAAGACUUAUCAGUCUUUAUGGAGGAAGCAUGGAAGAAAUGAUUCCAAAGUAACAUGCAAUUGUUUCUAAAAGAAAUGUACAAAGUAGAAUUUUAAUAUAAAGAAAUAUGGCCACGCUUUAAA